AUGCCGACUUAUCUAUGCCACGGAUUUCGAUGGCACCGCCGCGAUAUCCGCAUUUUCGUCAUACUGAACGAUCUUGAAGACGCGGCCCCAAAUUGGAUUCUUGCGCCUGCGUCUUCCUAUUGCAUCCUCGAUCAGUUACACGCUCAAUUUGAUUUCCUGCCCGAGCUCACUCCGCCAACCACGCCGACACAAGCAAGUUUCAGCAAUGCGAAAAACAUCAAGCCCAAGCCCAAGCCCAAGCCUGAUCAUGUGGAUGACGACCACAAUCUCCCCAAAUCACGUGUACCCGACGCCGAAGAUGCUGUUCUCAUGCACUCAUGGUCCCCAGUCAGGCUGCUGGAGGAGUUUGACGUGGACGAGAUGACAAUGGCAUGUAGGCCAUAUGCCUACGUAGCUGAUCAUGUGGUGAGAAUUGAUCUGAGUGUGGAUGUUGCAGGUGAGAUGGCCAGGUACUACGAAAGAAUGGCAGGCGAGGAUGGCUGGAUCGUUAAAUUGAGGGAUCAGUUGCAGAAAGGGGAGCCGGUGAAAUGGUACGUCAUCGUCUGCGGCGACGAGGUGAGAGAAGUCCCUGGUAAAAGUGAUGAAGAAGAACAAGAGGUUGGGUAUGAGCAGCUAAGAGAAAGAGCACAACACAUGGCACGAGCCAGGAGGACGAGAGAAAUUAUAGACGGUUCUUCCAACUCGCCAUCUGAAUACGAGGAUGACGGCGACCAGGACGAAGACGACGCUCUUACUGUAUUGGAAGACAUACUAGAUCACUCUGAAGGUGCUUCUACUCCAAGACCUCUUUCAUUAGAACUACCCGAUGUCCAUAUACCACUCCAGUCUCGACUUGACCCAACCAGAGCAUCAGUCUUGACCACCUCAACAGUCUGGUCCCAGGAUCAGUCACCCGAUGAAACAGCAAAUAUGGACGCUCCAGACAUUGACAAACCAAUCUUACCCAGCGAGCUCGAUCCUAACAGAACGUCCAUGUCCACAGCAUACUCAAUUUGGUCCCGAAAAGAAACACCGGAUGCUGAUAUGCGACUGCGCCAAUCUGAGAUAACGCAGUAUUCAGCUUCGACAACAUCAGGGCUGCAUUCUGAAAAUGGGCGCACUCGUCUUGAGCCCGAAGAGUUUGCCAAGGCGCAACCACCAACGCAAAAAUUCGUAAGGGAAGAGACUCCAGAUGUCGUGCGGCCUCUUGAGCCUGCAGAGCUUGUUUCAUCAAGGACUUCGACGCCACCAACGCCCAAAAAUUCACAGAGGAAACUGCCGGCUCCAAGCUUAUACAGGCCUGAGAGCUUUAUCCCGCCUUUCUCGCCCCCCUUGCCAUCUUCAGAGAUUUUCCCCGAUGAAGCCCCUAAAUCGACGGUUCCAAACGAAACCGAGGCUACAAAACCGACAGAGCCUCCAUGGCCGUUGUCGUCCGACUCACCACUGGGAUCAUCAGGGUCUAGUACUUACCACAACGAAGAGAAUUCUUUUCCGUUGGUCUCAUCGCCAGCACAUUCUAAAAAUCCACCUGCAACUACAUUUUCUUUACCUAAAGAAAUCACACCACCUAGAAUACCUUCUCCAGCAUCAAAGUACCCUCUGCAGCCGCAGUUUCCGGGACCUACAAUGUCUAGGUUCGAGGAAAGCGUAUUGCAAGCUUCACCAUUACUUGUAACGCCGAAUCCUAAGCGCCUAGAAAAACCAAGUUCUGGAGUCGUGUACCAAGCUGGAGAACCUAUGCCCAAAAAGCAGCCGCCAUCAUCGUUACCCAGGUCCAGUGUUGUGCGUGCUCCUCCACCCCUAAAUAUCAACAUGGCAAACUCGAUCAAGCGCUCGACUUCAAAUCCUGCAAAGAACAUUACGCCACCGACAUCGGCUCAACGAGAGACAUCUGAUCUAAAUAUGAAGACACCCCCUAUAACUCCUAGAACCCCCAAAACACCUACAGGACAACCACUCACAAAAGCCUCGCCAAAAUCACGAAUACCGAGAAGCGGAACAAAGAAUAUACGACUGUCAACCUUACCACCUCCACCUGAACCGGCAGUGAAGAGUCCUGUCCGUCCUCCUACGCCGCCAAAGCCAAAGCCUCGCCUUGGGCAGAAGGAGGAGCCGCAGAGAAGACCACAAAUAGCACCAGAAGAGGGAAUGCCGUUAAGACCUAACGGGGGAGGGUUUUCGAGGCCACUCCAAUAUGAUGUCCCCAGAUCUAUGCAAAAACCAGGAGGCGAGAGAGUGAUGCUAGGGCCAAAACUGGCACCAACAUCAAUACCAACAGUCGCUACAAGCUACAGUUUGAGUGCUACUACACAAGCAAAUGCGCCGCUCAACUCAGUAAUGCCAGCGAGGGCGAGAGCGCAACCACCCUCAAAUCUAGCACAGAUUCGACAGCCUAUCGUAUCUAACCAGAAUAAUGAUGGGCAUACUCUUGAAGGAGGAAAACAUCAAAAACAUCACGUUGCUCGAAGCCAUUCGGUUGCCGACGGGUUUAAGAGGCUUUUCAGGAGACCGUCUCUUGCCAAAGGAUCCCACCAUUGA